UUAUGAUCGUAUUUCUUUCAUUUUUCGAUCGUUUGAUUGAAGAUUUUCUUUAUUAUUUCUUUUUCUGUGGUUGAUUGGAUUUUUUUUAUUUCCUCAACUCGGUUUUUUCAAUUUUGAGUUUUCGAUUCUUUUUUUAUGGUUUUAUUUCUUUUGAAUCCUCCGAUUGGGUUUAGAACAGGGUCGAAUUCUCUCCGUGGACCCUUCUUGAUAUCUUGUCUGGCGGUGAAUUUUGGCGUUUUUGCUAUUUGGGUUCCGCAGAUUUUGAUUUGGUUUGUAGUAUUUAUUCUGGUCAUUUCUAUUGCAAAUUUUCAGAUGGUAUGUAUCGAGUUUUUAAUUGUUUUUUUUUUCUUUUUCUUUUUUGGGUACAUUUUACAGAUGACGUUUGCUGAGAUUUGAGGUGUUGGGUUUUGAAAGUCCUGAAAUUCUCCAUUUGGGUCUUGUAGAUUUGAAUCUGAUUUUUCAUAUGAUUUUUAGAAUUUCUAGGAAUUGGGGAUUUGAUUUUUCUUUUUCUGGGAAAAUUGAAGGAUAGGAAUUGAGUGGUUUUGUUGUAGAAGUUUGUAGGAUGGGAAAGGUUAAGCUAGAGAUAAAGAGAUUGGAGAAUGCGAGUGGACGGCAAGUGACAUACUCAAAAAGGAGGGCUGGGAUUCUUAAGAAAGCCAGAGAGUUAUCGAUACCGUGCGAUAUCUGCGAUGUAGAUGUCGUCCUCCUCAUGUUUUCACCUACCAGCAAACCCACAUUCUGCCUCGGAGAGCAUCGCAAUAUUGAAGAGGUCAUUGUGAAGUUUGCUCAAUUAACUCCUCAAGAGAGGGCGAAAAGGAAGCUGGAGAACCUUGAAGCACUAAAAAGGACAUUCAAGAAGUUGGACCGUGAUGUUGAUGUACAAGACCUUUUGGGUACAAGCACACAAACAAAAGAUGAAUUGAGUUACCUGUCAAGGCUACUGCAAUCUCAACUAUCUGAAGUACAGGAGAGGCUGAGGAAUAACCUUACACGCAUGACUGUCAUUGACAAGUCCUUUUCCUGGAUUUGCUGCAUUCUUGAAGAUUUCGGAAAGCAACAAUUUAUCUCACUAGAAUGCACCGGGCAGUGUUCCCUGGAUGAGUUGAGCAGAAAUGCGUGCUUGAGACUACAAGUGGGAGGCCAGUGCCCAUAUCAAUCUUACCAUCUCAAUUUCCUUUGUGAAAAGUGCUUCAUAGAUUCAGAGAUGAACUUAACAAGAAUCACCUAUAGAUUAUCAAGUCAAUGCCUUAGAACCAACCAGGCCUGCAUACAAUGCCAGCCAUCCGAUUUGGGCUUCCACAUCCGAACCUUGUGCCUUUGCCAUCUUUGAUGAACACUCAUACCCUCAGGUGAUUUCUUGAAAUAUUGUAUUGCCUUCGUUCAACUUGGAAAAUUUUUGAAUCGCUAUUUUAUGUAACAAGAACUCCAUUUUUUAACACAUGGAAUAUGUCUCAUCAUGGCUAUUGGCAGAAGAUCCUUGAUGCA